GAAAAAUGUAUAUACAUGAAGCGUCACAAACGUAUCACGUGAUGGAUAAAUUGGAUGAUGAGAUAUGAAAGGAGGAUUUUCGUGCACUUAAUAUUCCACGGGGCAUGACUUGACUCUUGCCCGAGCGGCGUAAGUAGCCCAUAAAAUUUACACAGUCUACAACAUUGGGUAUACAAGCAAAAUCUGUAUGCACGCAUAUAAGAAUGUACUCCCCCACGUAUCUUCUGGAAUGAAAAUUUCUUCGUGGCUGAUAGCAAUCUAUGGUGAAAACAUACAGCGAGAAAUAUGAAGACACUAGUCUUUAUUAAAGCGCCGAGAGAAGCACGCUGUCGGAAAUUACGGUCGAAUUAUCGAAAAAUCGGACCUCAAAAGUUUACAUGGUCUUAUAUACGCUUUUAAAAGUUUACGUGAAACUAAGAAUAUCGAUGAAUAAAUUUUCUAUUAUCAUUGCAAAGAUAACGAAAAUAAUUUUGUACAGCAGUUCACAUUGACAAGUGCAAUAAUUAAACGUCGUAUGAUGUGACGGACGAAGAAAUUUUUCUAAAGAGAUUUUUCAGAUAUAAUUCGGUUCAAAAGAAAUGUUCGAUAACAGUCGUAGAUCUGCCAUUAGCACUUCCGAACUUGGAUUAUAUUCGGAUCGCAGCGAUCGUUAUCAGAGGAAUCGACACGGCGCUACAGUCAAAGAAUUCGUUAUUGGCAUUAUGGCUGUCAUAUCAAUAAUUGUGGCUGGAAUUUUUCUUUACGAUUUCACGUCUGGGGCGUCGGUUACUGGUAAAGCUAGUCAGGAGACCAAGCAUAUUUAUAUACUUCAAAAUGCUUUGAAAAAGUCAAAUAAUUUUUCUAAGAGAAGUACCACGAGUACUACGACACUUUCGGAUGUCACGACAAAUCCCACGCAAGUUCAUUUAAUGCAGGAUCGAUCUGACGAUGAACGUGACUUGUUAUUGAAUUAUGAUGAUUCAAUUGAUAAGAGCGAGACUGAAAGUAGAACUCAGAGAAUGGCACCAGGAAAUGCGGAAUACGGUGCGAUAAAUUUAUCAAAUUUAGAAAAUCGUAAAGCUCUUGUCGAUUCCGAGGAAAGUGACGAGAGUGAAGAUAAAACGGAAGGAAAGGAGUCACUUGACAAUCAUGCAUUGAUCCAUCGAAUUAGACAGAGAUACAAAAAUCAAGCAUCCACGGAAGAUAUAAAUUCUGAGGAAUCUCGUCCUACUCCUUUCCAUUUUGAAUUAAAAACCCCAAAACCAAGCUCAUUUAAACGCAGCAAAUAUCCACAAUUAAGUCAAUACCGUUAUCCGCAAACAUCAAGAAACAUACAGGAUAUCAUAAAGUACCUCACGACGAAUUCUCAAAGGCCAAAUCGUGCGAUUAAAUUUACGGGCGUUUACGUAAAUCCAAAAAAAUAUGAUCUAGUUCCGGAAGUGGGGAAAUCCACGAUAAACAGUGAAGGAUCCGAAGAGUACGAAGGUCCACCUUAUACAAUCGGUACAAAUUCGGACCCAUUUUAUCCGUAUAAGCCGCAACAUCCGGCAGACGUAAAUUUAUUAGCAACGUCAAAUUUCAGAUUUUCACCUACUGGAAUACAUAGAUAUAAUCGAAAUUACGAUCCAUUUUUUUCACGACCUCAAACCAAUUUUAAUAAACAUUCCCCUGGAGCGGAGGAGGCUAAUCACGACAGUUCCUCUCUGUACACACAUUUUUCAAAAGAGCGCAAAGCCAAACCAAUUACCAUUAUGCUAGACAUCUAUCCAAUCACGGACGCUAUAGAUCAACCAAAAAAGUCGACUAAACCAAAAUUACUAAACAUAGAGGACUUUGAUCGACGAAGACCAAUUGCUUAUAACAAUAGAGGUGGUAAAUUUUACAAUCCAUCCACACAGCCGAUUCCUAUUCUCGCCGUGCCAGCUCAGCAAGGAUUCAAUGACGAGGACGAAAGGCAGCACAUGAUUUUUCACUUGAACUUGUAUCCUCGAAAAAGGAAUAAAUUAAAUAGGCACGAUAUUUUAGAGAGAUCGAAAUCAAUGGAUUCAGAGGAUGGUCAAUCAUUUAUGGAAAAAAUAAUAACGCCUUUCGAUUCUAUAGCCAAGCAACUGACUGAUCACUCAGCAAUCGAGGAUUCGAAAUUCGAGGAAUCUGAUAUGCUUAAUGAUAACGAUGAAUUGUUAUUAACAAGUCGUUAUCAGGAGAGUACAUUAAAUAUAUCGAGUACCAAUGAUACCGAGAAAACCGACCAAUUUCCAUGUAAUCAUAAAAUUACGGAAAUUACUACCGUCAAGAGUAAUGAUUUUCAUAUGGAAGAAGUGACUUCAAGUACAACCAGUCAUCAGUGUUACGAUUGCACUAAUUCCACGAGUGUCGAAGUUAAUGAUAAGAAUAAUGAAACCAGUAAAAUUGUUGAUAUAGACACUGUACAAGGAUUUCAGCAAUUUGCUAAUGGCCUCCUACUUAACCAGUGAUAAGACAACACUGUAUUCCUGUUGCAGU